GUGUGGAAGUGCUACCGCCGGAACAGUGCUUCGAUGUACGACAGGCGACGGGCCGACCGCCAGCUCAAGAUCCGGCUACUCCAGGCUGAAGUGGUGGAGACUCUCCUAUACGGGUGCGCCUCGUGGAGCCUAAUAGCGGAGCACUACACGAAGCUCAAUGGGACCCACCGCCAGUUCCUUACACGGUGCAUCGGCUGGAGCAAACGGAAACGCUUAGACCGCCCCCUGUCCAAUGCCCAGGCCCUCAUCCAGGCCGGCUGCGAAGAAACCAUCGAGGCCACCGUGCGCAAACGGAGACUGUGCUUCGCGGGCUUUGUUAUGCGCAUGGAGGACAACCGCCUCCCUAAGCGCAUGCUGUUAGGAGCGAUGGCGGGGGGCGUGGGAUACCGGGGCGGGCAGGAGAGCGACAGGGUGUCUCGUCUAGGAGAGGACCUCGUGGCCUUCAACAUGGGAGACGAAAAGGAAGGGGGGAAAUGGAAAGAGGGCGCCAAGGACCCGGAGGUGUGGUACAACAAGGUCGAGGACGGGGCGGCAUGGCUCAUGAGAAAAUGGCACAGGCAGGAGGCGGAAGCGUCCGCGAAGCGCCAGCGCGCGAGGGCAGCAGAAGCAGAGAGUGCGGCCAUCUCAGGACCGAAGAGAAAGAGAGUCGGGGAAGCGGCGGUGGGGGGGGAAGAAACGGCGCGGAGAAAGAGUGAAAGAUAG